AUGUCAGCAAACAACUACGCGCGUUUGAUGGAGCGCAGUCGAGCUUCUGCUGCAGCUGAGUGUCAGAGGAUGGGACUAGCAGACGUAGCCCCGGCUGCGGCGGCACAAGACCAACAUCCUCGAAUCUGGGUUAUGGCAGAGAUGUGUGGCACUCAUAGGAUUGGUGAGGCAGUGACCCCACCGGCUGGACUGCCUGUGCUGGGUGACUACGGGCUCAUGAAUGUGACCGACUCAGACGGCAAUCAGAGACCAUUUUUGAUUAAGCAAAUUGACGCCGGCAGCCUGGGGUCUUUUUGCGAAGAAAGUAUUCAGCUUGCGAGGCUCAGUGAGGCAAUUGAAGGAGAUUGUCGUUAUGCAGGAGAAGAUGUGCGAACCAUGGCCGUGAAAUACACGGCAAACGGAGAGAGGUUCCGGUCCUUUCGAGAAUCUGUUGGUGAAAUGGCUCAAGUUGAGAUGGCGGAUUUUCCUUACGAGCCACGCACAUGCUUGGCUUACUUACAAGCUGUCCAGUCAGUGGCCGAAAGCAGUUAUGCGCAGCAUCUCGCUUGGCUCCAGCAAUCUCGAAUCCCGGAUCGUUCCAGGGCAAGCUUUGAAGAUGAAACCUUGUCCCGCAUCCUCGACACUGUGGGUGGCGUGUCCCUCGUCGACAAUUUGGAUGAAAAUGUCCGUGCUAUGGUAGAAGAUUUUGAGAGUCAUAUGCUGCAAGAUGCAUCUAGGUGGACUGAUUUGGAAUCUGAAGCUGGAAGUGUGCCGCCUUACAAUGAUAAGCUCCUUUCCCAUAGAGAUGGUUACCUGUCUUUCCUCAAACGCUUGUUCUCGGCAAAUGUGUUGGAUUUUUCAAGCAUGGUUAGAGGCAGGGUUGGUGCUCUUUGUGUUGCAAAGAAGCCCAAGAUCGUUGACGGAGUGUCGAAACCUCCUCAGCGUCUGGUCCUUGAUUGCAGACAGACAAAUUUGCUUUUCAGAGCCCCACCACUUACGAAUCUUGGCAGUUUGCCAGCAAGCGGCUGCGAUGAGAUCUGCAACAGGUUGAGUUCCAUGGGCUUCUCUCUUCACGAAGAGACCGAGGCAGCCACGGUGGUGCAGACUUUGGGGGGUAUCAUCAAUGGAGAUCUAGGGCACGCCAGCGCCGACACUGUCAGCAGCUUGGGCGAAUGGAACGAGAGAUGGCGUUUUCGGCGUCUUCCUCCAGAACAGUGGGGGCCGCGCCAGCGAGCCUUAGGACUGGAUGUGUUGUCGGACACUCGUUCAGUGGGUGGUUGUGGCCGGGGUGUGGAGCAGUCAGGUAUGUAUGUGGACAACCACGAUUUCACGGGAGUUGCCAGUCACUGUUGA